AUGUGGCGAGUGAUGCAGCGGGCUGUUCUUCAAGGUUCCAAGCGGACUGCCGCCGUUAUUGCCGGUGUCACUGCUGCUUCAGGCAUGGGACUUGUUUACGCUCUUGAGAACUCUGUGAAUGCGAGCAGUGAUGCCGUCCAUCCGUACCAUCUCCCAUGGUCGCACGCUGGACCAUUCUCCUCGUUCGACAUUGCUUCGGUGAGAAGAGGUUACGAAGUAUACAAGCAGGUCUGCGCUGCUUGCCAUUCAAUGAAAUUCCUCCAUUAUCGUCAUUUCGUUGAUACCAUCAUGACUGAGGAAGAGGCCAAGGCUGAAGCUGCUGACGCUCUCAUCAACGACGUUGAUGACAAGGGAGCGGCAAUUCAAAGACCAGGAAUUCUCACUGAUAAGCUUCCAAACCCAUAUCCAAACAAGAAGGCGGCUGCUGCCGCUAACAACGGAGCUGCUCCACCAGAUUUGUCUUUGAUGGCUUUGGCGAGACAUGGAGGAGACGACUAUGUCUUCUCGCUUCUUACUGGAUACAUGGAUGCUCCUGCUGGAGUCAAGGUCGAUGAAGGAAAAGCUUACAACCCAUACUUCCCAGGAGGAAUUAUUUCUAUGCCACAACAAUUGUUCGAUGAAGGAAUUGAAUACAAGGACGGAACUCCAGCAACAAUGUCUCAACAAGCGAAGGACGUGGCUACAUUCAUGCACUGGGCUGCUGAGCCUUUCCAUGAUACCAGAAAGAAAUGGGCUCUCAAGAUUGCUGCUUUGAUUCCAUUCGUGGCCGUUGUUCUAGUUUACGGAAAGAGACACAUUUGGUCAUUCACAAAGUCUCAGAAAUUCAUCUUCAAGACUGUCAAGGGAAGAGAGCCACCAAAGUCGCAGUAA